GUUCGUUUAUUUUUUUCAACCUCUCCCUCCCUGAAAAUCCCCAAAUCGCAUUUGACCGAAUCGUCGUCUCUGCUAUUCGAUCUGAACCUUGCCCUAAAAACCCUAUCUUUCUCUCUCCUCGUCGACGAAUUCAAUCAGUUCCAGAGAAAUUAGGGCUUUUUAUGGAGAGGAUCAUCGCAGAGAAGUACAAAUUAGGUCGCAAAAUUGGGAGCGGAUCGUUCGGCGAAUUGUAUCUUGCAACCCAUAUAGAGACUGGCGAGAAUUUGGCGGCGAAGAUUGAAAAUAACAAGACAAAACAUCCACAACUUUUGUACGAGGCAAAGCUUUAUAAAAUUCUACAGGGAGGAAGUGGUAUUGCAAGCAUAAGAUGGGCGGGAUUUGAUAGGGACGAUAAUGUCCUCGUCAUUGACUUGCUGGGACCGAGUCUUGAAGACCUCUUUGUGUACUGUGGGAGGAGGUUUUCACUGAAGACAGUCUUAAUGUUGGCUGAUCAGAUGAUUACAAGAAUAGAAUAUGUACAUUCUAAAGGGUUUUUGCAUAGAGACAUCAAACCAGACAACUUCCUCAUGGGUCUUGGCAGGAAAGCAAAUCAGGUUUAUGUUAUUGAUUUUGGACUUGCAAAAAGAUUUCGGGACCAAAAUACACACCGGCAUAUUCCGUACAGAGAAAACAAAAGCUUAACAGGAACUGCACGCUAUGCUAGUUGCAAUACCCAUUUGGGAAUAGAUCAGAGUCGUCGGGAUGAUUUGGAGUCACUUGGAUAUGUUCUUCUGUACUUCUUAAGAGGAAGCCUUCCUUGGCAGGGUCUAAAAGCUGCAACAAAGAAGCAAAAAUAUGAUAAGAUUUGUGAGAAGAAGCUAUCAACUCCCAUUGAGGUCUUAUGUAAAUCGCAUCCUGUGGAGUUUGCAUCCUACUUCCAUUAUUGCCACUCUUUAACAUUUGAUCAACGCCCUGAUUAUGCAUUCUUGAAGCGCCUGUUUCGUGAUUUAUUUAGCCGCGAAGGAUACGAGUUUGACUAUAUAUUUGACUGGACAAUUCUAAAAUACCAGCAGGCACAGCAUACAAGGACUCAGGGUCAAUCAUCUAAACCGCAGCCACCUGUAGUUGUCUCUGGUCGAGAAAUUCCUAGCGGUCAAGCAGUGCCUGCGGAUGCGAUGAGGCUUAAAGGCAUUCAUGAUGUUCCUAGACCAGCUGAGGUCACAGCAAAUAAGCGGCCAAGCAAUCAUGCGCAUCCAGAUGUUCAUAUGCAAUAUAGAUCAUCAACAGCCCAGAAUUCGGGUGCUAAUAAUACUGUUGAGAAACACAAUGCGAGUAAUGCACCUAUGCCACCUACUGCAUUUUCUCUCAGAAGACAUUUUCAAAAACCAGAGGGGCCGGUUGAAAAUGCAAACUUAGGCCGUAGAGUUGGGAAUCAAAAUGGUGCUUCAAGCAGUUGGAUGUCAUCAGUAAACCAAAUUUCUUCAGCAAAGUAAUAGCUAUAGAUCUGAAGGAGAUUGCUCAGAGCAUGUGUCUUUCGGUAGCAAAUGCCAUGAAGUUUGGGUUGCUUGUUUCUCCCAUGACAGAUUGCAUAACACAUGUGAAAACUUCAACUGGCAAAACUUGAACACACAGGAUGUGCUUGGACUUCACACCACAGGAUGGAGUUUCCGCGUGCAUAGGUGGCAAAAAUGACAGCCCAUAUCGUGUUGUGUGGAUGAUGUGUAAAGUGAUUGAGUUGCUUUCUGUUCUUAAUCUUUUUCGGAUCAAAGCCCUGGAUAUGUUCACCAGGUCCUUCAGAACCUGGAAAAAAGAGUAAACUAGUAUUUCAGAUCUUGAAUGGGAGAACUUCAUUGGGCGUCUUGAUCUCAUUGAAGAGGGUAUUAGAGAUCUUUCUAUUGUUCGUUAAAUCCUUCGAGCUUUGUGUUUAGAAGCUUUAAGCAGUCCAUAAUUUGAAGCAGUAACGAACCCUAAUUCCUCCGAUGCCAAUCGUAGUUAUGAACUUACGAUGCAUUUUCUUACAUCACAUAAAUACAAAUGUCUGAAAGAUGUUUUUCUCCAUCCAUUCUACAAGGCUAAAUUUUGUCUCUC